CGUGUAGCGUGAGCCGCCCUAAGCACUCAGAAGGGGAGCAACUGAAACAAGCGCGCAUAGAAUCAUACACGUAAUGCUACUGCUAAUUCCGCAAAACACAUUGAGUCGCUUUAAGGCUACAGACGGUUGGUUGUCGAGCUAGUAGGAGCACGUCUCCGUCUGGCAGCAAGCUAACAAAUACUAGCGUUAUGCCAUUCUUCUAGAGAAGCUAACGUGUUAGCGUUAGCCAUCCGCUGCAGGGUUCGCUACUGGUAACUAGCUGCGAAAGCCUUGACACAGGGAGCUAAUUAACGCUGCACACUUUACGAUGUCGGAGCCCGUGUUGGGUAUUUACGUUUAUGCUUCCCCAUAAACGGGUUUACGAAACGUCACGGUUAAUGUAAUUACUCGAUGAUGCAGCUAGCCUACAGCUUCCACGUAGCCGCGUCGCUGCUAGUGCUGUGUGCUUGUUGAGCAAAGACGCCCUUUAUUGCGGCGCGGCGGCGGCGUUAACGCGGUGCUCGACGUCGUUACUGCGAGCGGAGGGAGCGACACCGAGCCCCCGCUUGCUGGUUCUGCUCACGCGUUCGACCUAAGCGGGCGAGCAGGUCACGAUGAGCCCGGUCUGCGUUAACGCUAGCCUGCAACAGCACAGCUAACGUUGGCUACCGAUUCGGCCAGCUAGGAGGCUAAUGUUAGGUCAUUAGACUAAUUAAUCCGAGACUAAGUGGAACGAAGAACCCAUCGAGGCCGGAUAAACAUGGCUUCGGAGGAGGCAUCUCUGCGCGCACUCGAGAGCCUGAUGACUGAGUUCUUUCACAGCUGCACAACCAAUGAGCGGAAAAGAGAAAUUGAAGAGCUGCUGAACAACUUUGCACAGCAGAGCGGAGCGUGGCGCCACUGCUUGUUCUUCCUUUCGAAUACUCGCAAUGAGUAUGUGAUGAUGUACAGCCUCACCGUGUUUGAGAAUCUGGUGAAUAAGAUGUGGAUUGGUGUUGCUUCACAAGACAAGAUGGAGAUUCGCAGCUGUUUGCCCAAACUCCUCCUUGCUCAGCACAAAUCAGUGCCCUAUUUCAUCCGUAACAAACUCUGUAAAGUGAUUGUGGACAUUGGCCGCCAGGACUGGCCAAUGUUCUACCAUGAUUUCUUUACAAACACCCUUCAGUUGAUCCAGUCUCCAGCUUUGGCGCAGUUGGGUUUGGUGAUGCUGAAGACCACGUCAGAGGAACUUGCAUGUCCUCGUGAAGACCUGAGCGUCGCCAGGAAAGACGAGCUUCGCAAACUGCUGCUGGAACAGGUACCGACGGUGCUUGGACUACUAACAGGUAUUUUGGAGACCUACUGGGACAAGCACAGCGUCAUAGCUUCCACCCCACCCCCCUCACCCACCUCAGGAGAAAGUGUGGAAUUGCUGGGCAGUUUGUUUCAGGGCAGCCAGUAUUCAAAGCUGCUUUGCCAGCCCAUGGCAGCGUUGGACAGUGAGAGUCAGCAGCUCUGUUGUCUCGUGUUGGAGUGUUUGGCCCACCUCUUCAGUUGGAUCCCCCUGUCUACGAGCAUCACCCCCACCCUGCUGGCGUCCAUUUUCCAUUUUGCACGUUUCGGUUGUGAUCUUCGAACAAAGCACAAGACAGGACCCUUUAUUUCCUCCAACUCCUCUUCCUCUAACGGACACCUUGACCCUAGGACAGUUCCGCCAGCGUCCAACGGAGGGGGGAGAAACGGACAGAGCGAGGGCAGUAAGGAGGAUCGCGCUCGGCUUGGUGUACUCGCCAUGACUUGUGUCAAUGAACUCGUGUCAAAGAACUGUGUGCCAAUGGACUUUGAGGAGUACUUGCUGCGCAUGUUCCAGCAGACGUUCUUUCUCCUGCAGAAGCUGACGAGAGAAAAUAACGCACACACAAUUAAGAGCCGCCUUCAGGAGCUUGAUGAGAGUUACUUGGAGAAGUUCACAGAUUUCCUACGCCUGUUUGUCAGUGUUCAUUUGAGGCGGAUCGAGUCCAGCCCUCAGUUUCCAAUUGUAGAUUUUCUUGCCCUCCUGUUUAAAUACACUUUUAACCAGCCAACUCACGAAGGCUAUUUUGCCUGUUUGGAUAUUUGGAGCGUGUUUUUGGAUUUUCUAACAACCAAAAUCAAAAGCAGAUUAGCAGAGAGAGAAAGUGUCCUAGACAGGUACAAAGACGCCUUAGUUCUACUGUUAAGAGAAGUUCUGAAUCGUAUCCAGUUCAGAUACAAUCAGGCCCAGUUAGAAGAGCUUGAUGAUGAGACUCUGGAUGAUGAUCAACAGACAGAGUGGCAAAGGUACCUGCGUCAAAGUCUGGAGGUGGUUGCCAAGGUGAUGGAGCUGCUCCCAUCCCAUGCGUUUUCUACUUUGUUUCCAGUUCUUCAAGAAAAUCUGGACGUAUACCUGGGUUUACAGCAGUUUAUUGUCACUACUGGCGCAAGUCGAAGGCUCAAUAUAACUGCAGAGAAUGACUGCCGGAGACUCCACUGUUCUCUCAGGGACCUCAGCUCCCUGCUCCAAGCUGUUGGCCGCUUGGCUGAGCAUUUCAUCGGGGAUGUUUUCGCUGCACGUUUCAGUGAUGCCCUGGCAGUGGUGGAGAGGUUGGUUGAAGUCACCUGCUAUGGCUCCCAGACCAGCCUCUAUGACCUGGAAACAGCUGUGCCUUCUGUGCUCAAGCCUGACCUCAUUGAUGUGCACUCACAGGCUCUCGCUGCUCUGCAGGCCUACUCUCACUGGCUUGCACAAUUCUACAGCGAGGUGCACAAUCAGAAUCAGAGCCAGUUCCUCAACCUCAUCACAUCUGCGAUAGACGUCACCAGCCCACUGAUCACAGCAAAGGUACCUGAAAAGCUGCUGCUCUCAUCGUGCCAUCUGAUGGUUAGCAUCACGUCUACUGUGCGGCCUGUGUUCUUGGUCACUUUGCCCGCUGUUCAGAACAUCUUCAACCUCAUGACUACGGAGAAUCACACACACAGACUUCCUCAAGAGGCUCGGAUAUUGGUGUGUAGGGCUUUAUCCAACAUGCUGCUGCUUCCAUGGCCAAACCUACCAGAGAACGAGCAGGAGUGGCAGACGCGCUCCAGCAACCACGCCAGCCUGCUGACGGCUCUCACUCGAGAAUAUCGUAUUUUAAGAGGGACCGUCAUUACUUCAAGGCAACCUGCUCUGGAUAACAUGAAAGCAGUGAUACAGCAGACCCUACCUGUGCUCAGAGACAUAGUGGACAGCAUCUCUGGGGAAUCUACCAAAUCACGCCAGAUCUGUUACCAGAGUCUCCAGGAGUCUGUCCAAGUGUCCCUCAAUCUUUUCCCUGCCUUUAUCCAACAUUCAGACGUAACCGAUGAGAUGUUGGCCUUCUUCCUGACGCUGUUUCAGGCUUUGCGAGUCCAGAUGGGUGUUGCCUUCACGGGACAGAUCAUCCACACAUUUCUCAGCAUGUUCACCAGGGAACAGCUGGCAGCCAGUAUUUUGCAAGAGGGCAGUGCAGGGUGUAGAGUGGUGCAGAAGUUUCUGAAAAUUCUGCAGGUGGUGGUGCAAGAGCCGGGUCAAGCUUUCAAGCCCUUCCUGCCCAGCAUCCUCUCUCUGUGCAUGGAGCAGGUUUACCCAGUGGUGGCAGAGCGAUCUUCACCGGAUGUCAAGUUAGAGAUGUUUGAGUUGCUUUACCAAAUACUUCACCAAAACUGGAGGUACUUCUUUAAAACGUCAGUCUUAACAAGCGUCCAAAGAGGAGCUGCCGAAGACACAAUGGAAAACGAGGCCCAGUUCAUCGCUGCCAUGCAGGCUUUUGGUCAGUCUUUCCUGCAGCCUGACAUCCACAUCUUCAAGCAGAAUCUCUCCUAUUUGGAGUCACUCAACAGUAAGCACAAGCUGUAUCACAGAAAGCUGUUCCGGACCUCCAUGCUUUUCCACUUCAUCAACGUGCUGCUGCAGGUCCUGCUCCACAAAAGCCACGACCUUCUCCAGGAGGAAAUCACCCUCGCCAUUUACAACAUGGCCUCUGUGGACUUCGAUGCCUUUUACUCGGCCUUCAUGCCGGAGUUCCUCAAUAGCUGCCAGGGUGUGGACACCAGUCAGCGCGCUGUUCUCGCACGCAACUUCAAGCUGGAACGGGAUUUGCCUUCGUUCACUCAAAGUGUGCAGCGGCUGGUAAAUGACCUUCGCUACUACAGACUGUGUAAUAGCAGCCUGCCCACCGGCACCAUCAAACUAUAGCACAAGGACUGCUUGAGCCACUCCACGCGUCAAGUAUGGACUUUAGGGACAGACCGACCACUUUGCCCAGUCACUCCAGUUCCGCUUUGCUCCACCUGUUCAGAAGAACAGGACGGGAUGACACUUACAGUUGUGUUGUUGGAGGCUGAGGAUGCUGCUGUUUUGCUGUAUUGGUUGGCGCGUUACCAUUUUAUUUUUUUUAAAGCGCCCUCCGUUUUGUGUUGCCAAUGAACGUUUGGCAACAAACAUGAACCUGGUCUGCAGUUGGCUUUCGCCCAGACCUGGAGCUGUCUGAGCCAGGCCUUCUUUCCCACGCCUCCGCCACAACGCUGGGGCUGGGACUGAGCACUUUCAACUCAUUUUGAGUUUUUAAAUGUCUGCUUUUAUUCAUUUUGCCUUUGAUUUAUUUUAUCUCCAAAGGAGAUAAACUCUCAACUUAAGGUCUUUCAUAUCAUUCCAUUCUAAGAGAGAAACCCUGCUUGAUUAAAUAAAGUGCUUUUUUUUAAAUGAA